AUGACCUUCCAGUGCUUCCUAUACGAGGACGGCGUCGCAGAAGACGCCUGGAGCCGCGCAGGGUCGCCCGAGCCUUCGACGGACCGGUCGAAUGACUCCUCCCGCCAUCCAUAUCCAGAGCCUUUCUUCUGUCGAUCGUCGCCACACGUCGAGAGUCAGUACGCGAUGUCUUCGGAGGACGUGAGGGGACUUUCGCUUGGUCUCGAUCUGGAUAACUGCGGCGCAAUGAGGACCCAGAGCCCGUAUGGCGGACUGCUCGACGCGAUAGAGGGCGUGAGAUCUAUGCCGGACCUUCUCGGUGGGAUCGAGAGCACCCAAGUCAGCUCAUUGGGACUCUCACCUAAGGACGGCGCUCACGGUCGUCAACCUGGCGGAGGUUCGUCUUGUCGAAGGGACGGCGACGUCGGUCAACUAGCGAGGGCAGAUGGCUUUGCUCGACGCGCGGACGGCCCGCUCCGUUUCUACGUCGGGAAGCCCGGAUGCACGUCGAAGGCGGAGAAGGUGUUGGAUAUCUACCCACACCACGCCCCCUUCCCUCCUUCGCUCUCCGAUCCCUUCUUCCCUUCCCUCACCCUCGUCGGGAUGUACACUCUCACCCUCGUAGGGAUGUACACCCUCACCCUCGUCGAGAUGUACACGCUCACCCUCGUCGAGAUGGACAACUCGCCUAACCUCUUUGACAGGGCGUGCACGAUCGGAACCCGAAGAAGAAGCACAAGCGCUCGCUGA